AUGGAGAAGUUGUACCUGGCGGGGAGCGGCCUGUGGGCCAACGGCACUCUGGGGAACGGCAGCCUGCAGCCCGAGGACAGAGCGACCGUCAGGAACGGCACCGCGGACCCCCUGAAGCGGAACGAGGACAUGGCCAAGGUGGAGGUGACCGUGCUCUGCCUCAUCCUCUUCCUCGCCCUGAGCGGCAACCUGUGCGUGCUGCUGGCCAUCCACACCACCCGGCAGAAGCACUCCCGCAUGUACUUCUUCAUGAAGCACCUGAGCAUCGCCGACCUGGUGGUGGCCGUCUUCCAGGUCCUGCCCCAGCUCAUAUGGGACAUCACCUUCAGGUUCUACGGCCCCGACUUCCUUUGCCGGCUGAUCAAGUACUUGCAGGUGGUAGGGAUGUUUGCCUCCACCUACAUGCUCCUGCUGAUGUCCCUGGACCGCUGCUUGGCCAUCUGUCAGCCGCUGCGGUCCCUGCAUAGGCGGGCGGACCGGGUCUCCGUGCUGCUCACCUGGCUGCUGUGCCUGCUGGUCAGCAUCCCCCAGAUCCACAUCUUUUCCCUGCGGGAUGUGGGGAACGGAGUCUACGACUGCUGGGCGGACUUCAUCCAGCCCUGGGGACCCAAAGCUUAUGUCACCUGGAUAACCCUCAUGGUCUACAUCAUCCCAGUGUUGAUGCUGAGCGUCUGCUACGGCUUAAUCAGCUUCAAAAUCUGGCAGAACGUGAAGCUGAAGACGGCCCACGGCCCCCCCGGGGGGCUGAGCUCCACCGCCCGCGGCGGAGCGGCGUUUGCCAGGGUCAGCAGCACGCGGCUCAUCUCCAAAGCCAAGAUCCGGACAGUCAAAAUGACCUUCAUCAUCGUGCUGGCGUUCAUCGUGUGCUGGACGCCCUUCUUCUUCGUGCAGAUGUGGUCUGUGUGGGACACCAACGCUCCGCAGGAAGCCUCCCCCUUCAUCAUCGCCAUGUUGCUGGCCAGCCUCAACAGCUGCUGCAACCCCUGGAUCUACAUGCUGUACACGGGGCACCUGUUCCACGACCUGAUGCGGCGCUUCCUCUGCUGCUCUGCGCGGUACCUGAAGGCUCGGCCGGCCUGCGAGCUGAGCGUGGGCAGGAAGAGCCAUUCGUCCUCCUUCGUGCUCAGCUGCCGCAGCAGCAGCCAGCGCAGCCUGGCGCAGCCGCCCUCCACGUGAGGGCACCUGGCCGAGUGCUGGGAAGCGCUGGGACUGCGGUGGGGAGUGCGGUGUAAAUAAAUAGGGGUGCAGACGUGUGUGCGGGAGAGCGCGGGCAGCGCGCCGCGUCGGGCCGGGCAGCGGCGAGGAGAACUCCGUGCUCAGGGCUGUGCGGGGCUGAGCAGCGCCUGGCCCGUUCCCACCGGCGGCUUUAAUGCACGGACCGUCGUCGGAGCCCCUCCUGCCUCCUGCAUGGAGCUCAUCUGGGACGGGGCUGAGUAACGCCAGCGUGGGACUGGGGAUCUGUGCAAUAACGCAUCUGCUGAGCGUGCUCCAGGCUUCUCCUAAGGCAUCUGGGUUACACUGGGGCUCCGUGGGGUUGAGGAGCUGCCAUCUGGUCCUCCGAGGCCAAGCACUUGUUCUGGGUCUGCAGCUGAUAGCAUUUGAUCUUUUCCACCAAUGCAACCUUCUUGCUUUGUAACGCACAAAGUCAUGCUCACAGCAUGGGUUUUUUAAUUGUUAAGGAAUACCUGUAAAUAAAACUUUCUGGCUGUGUCUUGA